AUUAUAGAACACACAUACGCCACGUGCACCCCCUGUCUCCGUCACAUUCCGCCGUCUCCCCUCCCUCAUCUGCCGCUGGACCAGCCCCCCUACCGAACACCGGAUUUUAAGCGCGUGCACCCGGUCGGCUUGCUCUAGCAUCCACACUGGGACACAAAUGGAAACCCAGAAAUAAGAAGUCCUGCCGCUGUAAAACAGUUGUUGUCGGACAUAAUGGAGCAACAACAGCUUCGUUUUCUUCCCUGUCCGUCCUUCAUAAUUUAAUCGUUACAUCUUUCCGAAGCGCGGCAAAGCACGUCCCGUUGUUAUACUAGUCUAGGCUACGGACCGACUGAUUUGUGUACGCAGGAGAUGAUAUAACGCACCUUGAAGACGACUAGAACGAGAACGGGUAACUGGAGCCGCGCGAAGAGGAAGCAUGAAGUUUGCGGUUGCAGUGUUGUGGCUGUUGUGGUUCUCGGUCGGCGAUGCCACUAUUGAAGCUCCAGAGAGUUUGUGUCUCUGGCUGAGAUGGAGGAUGCCUUGUUGAGGAACCUGUUUAGAGGGUAUCAGAAAUGGGUCCGACCCGUUCUGCACGCUAACGACACCAUCACAGUACGCUUCGGACUCAAGAUCUCACAGCUGGUGGAUGUGGAUGAGAAGAAUCAGCUGAUGACUACUAAUGUCUGGCUAUGGCAGGAGUGGGUAGAUGUGAAGCUCCAGUGGAACCCUGAUGAGUAUGGAGGAAUCACCUCUAUCAGAGUUCCCUCUGAAACAAUAUGGCUGCCAGACAUCGUCCUCUAUGAGAAUGCUGACGGGCGUUUCGAGGGCUCUCUGAUGACCAAAGCCAUCGUGAGGUCAGACGGGACAAUCAGGUGGACCCCUCCGGCCAGCUACAAGUCUUCAUGCACCAUGGACGUCACCUUCUUUCCCUUCGACAGACAGAACUGCUCCAUGAAGUUUGGCUCGUGGACCUACGACGGCAACAUGGUGGACCUGGUCCUUGUGGACCACUACGUCGACCGUAAGGACUUCUUCGACAACGGUGAAUGGGAGAUCCUCAACGCCACCGGUGCCAAGGGCAGCCGACGGGACGGUAUCUACUGGUACCCCUUCGUUACCUACUCCUUCAUCCUCAAGAGGCUUCCUUUGUUCUACACACUCUUCCUCAUCAUCCCCUGUCUCGGUCUGUCCUUCCUGACCGUGUUGGUGUUCUACCUCCCGUCUGACGAAGGAGAGAAGCUGUCUCUGUCCACGUCGGUCCUGGUGUCUCUCACCGUGUUCCUCCUCGUCAUAGAAGAGAUUAUACCGUCCUCCUCCAAGGUGAUCCCUCUGAUUGGAGAGUACCUCCUCUUCAUCAUGAUCUUCGUCACCUUCUCCAUCAUCGUCACAGUGUUUGUCAUCAACGUCCACCACCGCUCCUCAGCCACCUACCACCCCAUGGCCCCCUGGGUAAAAAACCUCUUCCUCCAGAGGCUACCCAGACUGCUUUGCAUGAGGGGACACACUGACAGGUACCACUACCCAGACAUUGAGCUGCGUAGCCCAGAGCUGAAGCCCCGCGGAGGUCCAGGGAGGAGGGGGGCGUCGGGCCACGGCCAAGCCCAGCAGAGAGGCCCUGUCGGGGGGAAGGAGGAUGAGAACCAUGCCUGGUUGGCCAUGCUGGAGAAAGCCACCAACUCAGUACGGUACAUCAGCCGUCACAUCAAGAAGGAACACUUUAUCAGAGAGGUGGUGCAGGACUGGAAGUUUGUGGCUCAGGUGUUGGACAGGAUCUUAUUGUGGGUGUUCCUCACUGUCUCCAUACUGGGUACCAUCCUCAUCUUCACUCCUGCCAUCACUUUGUACCUGACCACUCCCCCCUUCAACACAUAGACCCUAUCAGUAGACCCUAACCCCUAUAGACAUAAUCAGUAGACCCUAACCCCUACACCCUACCACAUACACCCUACAACACAUAAUCAGUAGACCCUAACCCCUACACCCUACCACCUACACCCUACAACACAUAAUCAGUAGACCCUAACCCCUAUAGACAUAAUCAGUAGACCCUAACCCCUACACCCUACCACCUAUACCCUACAACACAUAAUCAGUAGACCCUAACCCCUACACCCUACCACAUACACCCUACAACACAUAAUCAGUAGACCCUAACCCCUACACCCUACCACCUACACCCUACAACACAUAAUCAGUAGACCCUAACCCCUACACCCUACCACCUACACCCUACAACACAUAAUCAGUAGACCCUAACCCCUACACCCUACCACCUACACCCUACAACACAUAAUCAGUAGACCCUAACCCCUACACCCUACCACAUACACCCUACAACACAUAAUCAGUAGACCCUAACCCCUACACCAGGGCUGUUCUAUGUCGGUCCUGGUCCUGGUCCUGGUCCUGGUCCUGGUCCUGGUGGGCCCAAACACUUCUGGUUUUCAUCCUCUCCUUCUAAUAAGAGACUAGUCCAGUCCUGAGACACCAGGUGAGUGCAACUGACUGGAAUUGAACAGCCCUGCUCUACACCCUAAGCCCUACACCCUAAGCCCUACACCCUAAGCCCUACACCCUGCCUACUUCAGGGGUAUUCAAAUCUUACCCAACGAGGUCCAGAGUACUGCUUGUUUUCAGAUUUUUGUGUUUCCCAAUCCUGGUCCUAUGGACCCAGAAGGGUGCACAUUGUGGAUUUUCCCCAGCACCAGGUUUGCAGUGUGUUGGUUCCAGUAGUGUAAAGUACUUAUUAAGUCAAAAUACUGGUUGGUGCUGGGACCAGGACCAGGAUCAGUAAACCCUGCCCUAACCCCUACAUCCUAACCCCUACAUCCUAACCCCUACACCCUACAUCCUAACCCCUACAUCCUAACCCCUACAUCCUACCAUCCUCAUCUCUUCAGAUGUACCUUAAUGCCAGACAUUGAAGAUCCUGACCAAGUCCCCGACCACUGCUCUCAACACCUGCUAAGUACCUCACAGCCCCCCAUCCCCAAGACCUCCAAACCAUAUGUAACGGAGUUGGAAUCACUACCUUUUCUACGGCGUGACGCUACGAUGCGGGGGGUCAAGAGGGGGGUCAUGUGUAUUUACGAGGCAGAGGAUCCCUGGUUGGUUGGUUGGAGCCCAGGGACAUGGGAGGAAGCUAUACUUCCAAGCUUUACCCCAACUCUAGGCCCAGUCACCAACCCCUAACCCCUAACUCUCUCUCUCUUUCUCUUUCUCCCUCUCCCUCUCCCUCUCUCUCUCUCUCUCUCUCUCUGUCUUUCUCUCUCUCUCUCUCUCUCUCUCUCUCUCUCUCUCUCCCUCUCUCCCUCUCUCUCUCUCCCUCUCUCCCUCUCUCCCUCUCUCCCUCUCUCUCUCUCUCUCUCUCUAGCCCCAGUCACCAACCCCUAACCCCUGACCCUAGAGGUCGCCCUCCAAAUUUUCCUUUGGAAGAAUCUAAGUCUAUCGCAACCUCUUCACCCUUGAAGCCCUAACCCCUAUACCUGCAAGUGGAAUUCAACUUCAUUGUCCUAAAAUACACCCCGUAAUGUAAUUAUGACUACUGUGACUACUAUUAUGACUACUGUUUGUGCUCACGUUCCACUCCUUGUUAUGUCAUGUUUGGCACUUGACACCGAGUACACGGAGUGGAAUGUUAGCACAAAACAGAUCUGGGUUUCAGGCUACAUUACUAAAAGGACUUCAUCUCCAAACUGUACAACACAUAGUCACUUGUUUACGUAACUAUAUACAACAUAGCCUGAUUGCCAGUCUGUUUGUGCCAUCACUCUAAAUCCUCCUCACUCAUCGUCAUGCCAAUUGGCUAGCCUGGUCCUAGAUCUGUUUGUGCCAUGAUUCCAACUCAAGGAGUAACACAAACAGAUCUGGGACCAGGCUACAAAUGGAAUUGCAGUGACAGUAGUGGAGUUGUCAAGAGCACAAACAGAUCUGGGACCAGCCUAACUAUAAAGUGCACCUGUUGUUCAAACCCUUGGAUUCAAGCCAAACACUUUGGUUUACAAGUCAAAACUCCAAGCACUGUGAUGUACAUGUACAUGGGACUAUAAGCAAUAACCAAGCCACUGAUAUCUUACACCAAAUCUCUGUUAUUAUUUCAAUAUAUUUAUGUCGGUUCACGUUAGAAAUGUACAAAGUCUCCUGCCUGCUGAAUGUUCUUUCCUGUUAUCAGUCAGCACAUACCAACGACACAUUCAGGAUUCACACACACGCACACACACACACACACACACACACACACACACACACACACACACACACACACACACACACAAUCACACACAAUCACACACACACACACACACACACACUCACACACACACACACACACACACACACACACACACACACACACACACACACACACACACACACACACACACACACACACACACAAACACACAAACACACACACCUUCUCUAGCUCUCUUUUCUUUCACAUGUUGCAACUUGUUGUGUGAUAUUGUAUUGGAAAUAAACCUGGUCAAUGUAAGGGUCUCAUGUGUUUAACUAAAUCAUAUUAAACAAAACAAUGGCUGAUCAAC